CGGCAGGCGUGUUUAAACAGAUGGCUCUGUGUCCCGCUUUAGCCAGCACUUGCUCGCUCGCUCUCUCUAGCUUUACUAGAACUUAAAGCUUUCCUGUCUGAGAGAGAGCGAGAGAAAGAGAGAGCGAGACUGAGAAAGACAGACAGAGAGAGAGAGAGAUAAAGAGAGAGAGAGAGAGAUUGCAGAGUUGAGUUGAUGAAACUGAAAGUGCUUUGAGAGAACUUCUGCUUUUCUUUUAAUCUCACUUGAAAAACUUCCUCUAUAGGAGUUGGAGUAGGAGUGCACAACAGGAAAGAAAGAGUGGUGAGAAAGAAAGAGAGAGAGAGAGAGAGAGAGAGAGUGGCGUGACUGGGACGUUGACCCCCACUGCUCGUACCCUCUCUCGGCUGGCUGGCUGCUUUAAGGGGCUCCACUGCAAGACUCAUCUAACGCUGGACCUGCGCUACAGCACUGUGUGUGAGGCCCAGCGCUGCGACACAGACGCACAAAAGACUUCCCAGCAGCCUUUGAGGGAGCAACUGUGGGCUUGACAGGUUCAUCGGAGCUGAAUAGAGACUGAAAGACUGGUCUUCUCUAUAAGAGAAUGCUCUGACGAACCCAGGCAGACAAAAAGCAAGACCCAGAGCCAGAAUUCUUUCUUUGGUGAACAUUCUCAAAAAGGUCAAUUUGCAGGUCAAACCCCACCCCCCUGCACCAGCGAUUUCCCCAAAGCCUACUAAAGGCUACUAAAGCUGCUUCUGCGCUCUGUCACUCCUCAAGGACACAGGCGCUGUGAGGUCUGGCUACAGGUAGCGUGAGCAGAAGCCCAGACGUGGGACCUGAGGCCGGCGGUCGGUGGGCGUUGCCAUGGCGGCCGGCGGGCAGAUGGGCCGGUUGGUGUUACUGUUGGCUGUGGUGAUGGUGGCCCACGCCUCCAUCUUCCUCUCCAGCCACAGGAUGAAGCCUCGCUUCCAGCGGGACCGCCGCAACAUCCGGCCCAACAUCAUCCUCAUCCUCACUGACGACCAGGACAUCGAGCUGGGCUCUAUGCAGGUGAUGAAUAAGACGAGGCGGAUCAUGGAGCAGGGCGGGACACACUUCUCGAAUGCCUUCGUGACCACGCCCAUGUGCUGCCCGUCACGCUCCUCCAUGCUGACGGGGAAAUACGCCCACAACCACAACACCUACACCAACAACGAGAACUGCUCCUCCCCCAGCUGGCAAGCCCAGCACGAACCACGCACCUUCGGAGUCUAUCUCAACAACACGGGAUACAGGACAGCAUUCUUUGGGAAGUACCUGAAUGAGUAUAAUGGCAGCUACAUUCCUCCGGGUUGGAGAGAGUGGGUGGGCAUGGUGAAGAACUCUCGCUUCUACAACUACACCAUCUGCAGAAACGGCGUCCGAGAGAAACAUGGAUAUGACUACUCACAGGAUUACCUGACAGACCUCAUCACCAAUGACAGCAUCAGUUACUUCCGCAUGUCCAAGAAGCUGUAUCCUCACAGGCCGGUGAUGAUGGUCAUCAGUCACGCUGCCCCCCACGGGCCGGAGGACGCAGCACCCCAGUACACCACUGCCUUCCCCAACGCAUCCCAGCACAUAACUCCCAGCUAUAACUACGCUCCAAACCCAGACAAGCACUGGAUCAUGCGCUACACCGGCGCAAUGAAGCCCAUCCACAUGGAGUUCACCAACAUGCUGCAGAGGAAACGCCUGCAGACGCUGCUGUCUGUGGACGACAGUGUGGAGAAGAUUUAUAACGCGCUGGUGGACACUGGAGAGCUGGACAACACAUACGUUAUUUACACCUCUGACCACGGCUACCACAUCGGGCAGUUUGGACUGGUCAAGGGCAAAUCCAUGCCUUACGAGUUUGACAUACGAGUACCCUUCUACAUACGAGGCCCCAACAUAGAGGGAGGAACAAUCAACCCCCACAUCGUUCUGAACAUUGACCUGGCCCCCACCAUCCUGGACAUCGCCGGGCUGGAUGUUCCGGCGGACAUGGACGGAAAGUCCAUCCUCAAACUGCUGGAUACGGACAAGCUGAUGAACAGGUUCCAGUUCAACAAGAAGGGGAAAGUGUGGAGAGACUCCUUCCUGGUGGAGAGAGGGAAACUACUUCACAAAGUGGUGCAUGAUGGGAAGGAGGUGGCUCAGGAGGAAAAUUACCUUCCCAAGUACCAGCGAGUCAAGGACCUGUGCCAGCGUGCGGAAUACCAAACACCCUGCGAGCAGAUCGGACAGAAGUGGCAGUGUGUGGAGGACUCCACAGGGAAGUUGAGGUUGUAUAAGUGUAAAGGAAUGGCCAGUCUCUCAGCAGCGAGGAAGCAGCAGGUGUCCACCGUCAAGUCCCAGCUUUACCAGCCCAGCACUAGCACCAACGCUUACACCAACGCCAACGCUGAACUCGACAACUGCAACUGCGACGACUUCGGGAGCUACCGACUGAGCACACUGAAGAAGAAGAAGCUGCUGUCCAAGAAAAAGCUGAAGGCUUUGAAGAGCUACUCCAGGAACAGAUAUGCUCGUGCUGUGUCUAUGGAGAUGGGUGGAGAUCUGUACGCAGUGGAUCUGGACAGAGGCUACCGACCAAUCAACAGCAGCAACUUGAGCCACGCCCAGCAGGAGGAGGAGGCCUUCAGCGGGAUGGGUCCGACCACAGCCGAGCCACAGACCAGCAACAGCCUGGUGCCUUCCUCUAUUAAAGUUACUCACAGGUGUGCCAUCUUGGCCAACGACACGGUUAAGUGUGAUGUUGGACUCUAUAAGUCACUGCAGGCAUGGAAGGACCAUAAGCUUCACAUCGAUCAUGAGAUCGAAACACUACAGACGAAGAUUAAGAAUCUGAGAGAGGUCAGAGGUCACCUGAAGAGGGUGCGGCCUGAGGAGUGUGACUGCAACAAAUAUAUGUACAAAUCCAAGUUCAAGAGUAAACUUAGAAAAUAUAAAGCAGGCAGCGUCCACCCAUUCAGGAAAGGGCAGGAGAAGGAUAAGAAGGCUUGGCUGCUGAUGGAGCAGAAGCGCAGGAAGAAGAUCAGGAAACUGCUGAAGCGUCUCAAAAACAACGACACUUGCAGCAUGCCUGGUCUUACCUGCUUCACGCAUGAUAAUCAGCACUGGCAGACUGCCCCCUUCUGGACCAUGGGACCCUUUUGUGCGUGCACCAGCGCCAACAACAACACCUACUGGUGCAUGAGGACCAUUAAUGAGACGCACAACUUCCUCUUCUGCGAGUUCGCUACAGGCUUCCUGGAGUACUUUGACCUCAAUACAGAUCCAUAUCAGCUGAUAAAUGCAGUGAACACGCUGGACCGACACGUAUUGAACAAUCUGCACGUUCAGCUCAUGGAGCUGCGAGGAUGCAAAGGUCAUAAACAGUGCAACCCCCGCACACGCAACAUGGACUUGGAGGGCAGAUUUGGGAAGGAUGGGAGGGAUAAUAUCCAAGCGGAGGCCGACCCAGAAAGCACCCGCCCACUUCCAUGGGCGACAAACUGGUCCGAACUUGAACCGUUGUACAGACUUGACGAGCACGCCUACGAUCUCAACCUCAACUUCACCCUGAGCCUGGAGGAUUGGGCCCACUUCCGACGCUCCGUGGACCGCAUGUUUGCCCACCUGGCUGAUGCCCAUCAACCAUGGGACCUGGACCUGGAGGACGGAGCAGGGGAAGGAGUAGGAGGAGUAAGAGGAGGUGGUGUAGGAGGAGGAGGCCACGCCCUCGUGUCCUCCGGCAGCCGCUCAGCUUCGGUGGCCUACCUGACCACUCUGGCCACUCCGGCAUUUCUGCUGAGGAAGGCUGGAGCUGAGGUCUUGAGAGACGCCCUGGGGCUGAAACAGGAGACACGCCCCUCUUCCUCAGCCUCUUCCUCAUCCUCAUCUUCCUCCUCCUCCUCCUCCUCCUUGUCCUCUUCUUCUUCUUCUUCUUCUUCUUUGCCACAGCCCCUUUCCUCUGUCCUGCAACAGCAGGAUGCUGGUGGUGCCGAAUGGAAUAUCCUACCGGAGCUGCUGGAAAGUGGGCGGAGAGAGGGGGAGGAGAGAGACAGCGAGGAAAAGGAGGAGGAGGAGGAGAAAGAGGACGAAGAAGAGGAGUUUAUCAAGCGAAGGACAGGCCGAAGGAGACUUGGUUCCGCCCACUGUGACUGCAGCAACUUUUUACAGGACGUUCCUGUGUGACUCUCCUUUCAGAUCUGCAAUCGUUUUUAUUUUUUUCCUCAUGCCUCCCUGAACAAAACGUAAAGUUCAGGAAAAAAAAAUGAAAAAAACAAAGACUCCCGGUUUUCCCAGGAUGGAGCGUACAGGAAGUUUUAGCUCCAACCCUGCAAACCAGCCUCUCUUUCUCUCUGUCCUACCUCUCGUUCUCUCGCUCCGCCUCUUCCAGUGGUAUCAAGUCUUCAGAGCCGAAGCCUCCAGGCUUUUUAUCUUUAUUAUUUCCAGUCAGUCUAUUUGCUACACCUCCUUUUAAACCAAACCCUCAAUCUGGAAAAGCGCAUCCUUUAUUUCCGAGAUCGGCUAGGCUUCGAACAGAGCACAUUUUAUCAUUUAACUUUCGGAAGACUCGUCUUUUUUUUCUUUGUCUUGGUGGGGAUUGUUGGAGAGAUGAUUAUGAUGAUGAUGAUGAUGAUUAUAAUGAUUACAAAGGUAAAACAGGAGUGAAAGAAAUAAACUUGACAUGUUUUAGUUUGUCUUUAUGAUUUGAUUUGUGGCUGUAUGUACAGUACUUUUCAUGUUUUGAUUUCGAGUUCUUCUCUAAGUGUUUUAAUGGCUGCUUCUACAUCUCCCCUGCACAGCUACAGAUUACAGUACUGUAGAGUCUUGGUCAUAAAUACUGAACCACAGGAAAUCAUCUACUGUACACUUUGAUUUAACAAACUUAAGGCCAUGAUAGGGCUUAUAGGUUGGUCUUAAGGUCAGGUUAAAGCUGUUGCACACCGGCUAUACAGUGUCGUGCCUCACAAUGAAGCGCUGAAAUGAAAGCGUGAUGACUAUAACAGAUCAUUGGUUUAGAUUGAAUAUGUUAAAACAAGCUGAUAACAUUACAUGGAGUUUAGAUUAGGGAUACAACACAUUUUUGGCAACUGAAAGUAUUCAAAUGAAAACAGCAAAAACAGCACUUUGAGUGUUCAACUGAAUAAAUGAAAAGGAUAAUGUAAAUAAGUUGUUAGUAUGUCUGCUAGGAUAUUAAUAAUGUUCUGUAGUCAAUAAGUAUUUUUUAUUUGCAAUUUUGUAAUUGCUUUUACUUUGAAAAGCAAGACAAAUUUACAUUGAUGCUAUAAACCUGCUAUAAACCUGCAAAAAAUGAAAACAUGUUUGAUAUUCAACCAUUGGCCAUAUGUUUAACCCCUUAAAAUGCCUUGUCCCACAUACAGGCUACAGGUGUAGAUGAUACAAACCCUUUUUUCUGCAGUAAUUUAACACGUAUACAUUCAGAAAAUUUGAGGGCUUUAAAAUUCUCCUAUAGGAAACUUGGAGAAGCUUCCUGUUCACUCUCUGCUCCACUUAAUAAUUCCAGAUAAUUCCAGUAACAGGAAUCAACCCAAAUUCUGCAGGUUUGAAAAUAGAUUUAAAAACUAGACAAACAUAACAAAACAUAAAGGUUUGGAGAAAAUUAACUGUUUGAUUUGUAUUGAAAAUAUAAUGAUUUUAAAAUGAAUUUUAUGAUUUUAUUCAUUUUUGUUUUAAAUUAGAGCUGGUUUUAAUUUGUGAACUAAUGUUGCACUAAGUAAAUCCACAGCACUUGGAGUUUCUGAGUGCUGCUGUGCAUGUUGGGCAACAUGUGGUGAAAACACCAGUGUGCAUACCAUCAUUAAAAAGUUUUUUUUUAUGUUUUUUUUAUGCAACCGGUGUGCAACAGCCUUAAAAGUCUCGUCCCGAGCCUCGUCCCAAGAUUUGAACUCAUUUCAGAGGCCCAAAUUAGCUGUUUUCUCUUUCAUUCACGUCAAUUUUUUUUUUAAAGAAAAGUCUGUAAAACAAGUAUAUGAACUUAAUAUGUAUGCGUAUGAGAGCGUGCCAUAUAUAUGUUUAUUUCCAAGCACAUUUUUUUUUUUUUCUAGUGCGAUUGGUUUUAAAGUGUUGCUGCAGCGUUUUUUAAAAGUCCUAAAGUUUAAAAGUCUGGAUGUGAUCAUCAGUGUAUCUGUGUACAUUCCUAAAAGCCCUGCACCUUGAGCAAUUUCUUCCUACAGAAUUCUCAAAGAUGAACACAGUUAUUGAUGUUAUUGGAUUAUAACCCGACCACUCCAUUAAACACGUUGCAGCAGGAUGUACUUCAGCGGGUGUCCCAUUUCUAGAAUCCAGCGAUAAUUGAUAUUAUCUACUGACGAAACGAUGAUGUUGAUGUGUUUUGACAACAUAACGAUAAAAGUUUGAUGUGAUUAUCAUGUCAUUGUUUCUUAACUCUGAAUUCUUAGAUAUUCAUUUGUGCUAUACAUGGUGCUACUAAAGUCUGAGCAAAUAUAUAAAACGGCAGUAUGUAUUUGAAUGUAUGUUUGCAAUUAAUAUACUGUAAAUGUUUAAAAAGGUAUAUUUUCUAUGACACCCGACAGGUGAGGCUAAAUUGACCGUCAUGCUACGAGUGGAGCUUUGGGUUUGGAUCACUGUUGCUUUAGUCUCCCCUGACCUGAGUGUAAAGGUUUGUUUUAGCUAUCUAUAGAUUUGAGAGCAGCACACAUUGAUCAUGAAUGAUUUAUUAUUUUUUUGCAGUCCAGGUUUAGUCAUUUGUGAAAUAUUUCAGAAGUGCUGACUCUUGAUUACUUUUGCCUUUUAGUAGAUUGUAACUCGGAUGUGCCUCCAUAAUUGAAGACCGGUGCACUGUAUAGGGUGUAAAAUGUGUUUAAAUAUGUUUCUACCCUAUUUAGUGCACUGAACGCACUCUUACCCUAUGUAGUGCACUUGAUUGGACAUAUGGAGCCAUAUUGAAGACACCAAACAUUACAUUAUAUUACAUUACAUUGUACCUCCAAGGGAUUGAUACAUAUUUCAUACAUAUGUCAGAAGUGCUCCGUUAUGUCUCCACUGUCCCCUGUUCCUCCCCAGCCCCGGCCUUUAUUGUUUGCACCGGAUUGUGUUGUUAUUUGUUACUUCAUGAAACAGUCCCUUGUUGCUCUAUGGAAGUCCAACUGAAAGGCAAGUUCUCCCUCUGCACUUUGGAAGGGGCUGCUUUUGUGGAACGAUGAUUUUAAAAAUGAUAACAGACAGGUUUUAACAGAACAAUGCCUUGUACAGUUUUAGAGAUUUAUCAGACCUAUAUUUUUGUUUCGGUUAACCCGUCAACAUUUGAUAGCGCUCAUUAGUUUGUGAAUAAAGUGUUGAAUGCCCAAA